AUGCCCGUAGCAUGUGUUGAAUUGCUUCCUCCUCAACGCCAUCUCACUCCACCUCCUCCACCGAUUCCUCACUCCCCUCCCCUUCACUCCCCUCCCCUUCACUCCCCUCCUCUUCACUCCCCUCCCCUUCACUCUCCUCCCCUUCGCUUCCCUCUCCCUCCUCCCCUUCACUCCCCUCCCCUUCGCUCUCCUCUCCCUCCUCCCCUUCACUCCCCUCCCCUUCGCUUUCCUCUUCCUCCUCCCCUUCACUCCCCUCCCCUUCGCUUUCCCCUCCCUCCUCCCCUUCUCUCCCCUCCUCUUCCUCCCCCAUCUCCUCUCCCCCUUUAG